AUGACGAACAAGUGGCUGAAGUCGCUUUUUCGCUGUAAGCCUCAGCCUGCGAAGAUUAAGCCUGAGGAACUUCUCGAGGAUGAUCUGUACUCUGAAAGCGCAUACUCGAAGGACGAAAGUGUGAAAGCAACGAAAAGCUUCAAGUCUCCCGCAACAUCUGCUAUUUCUGCUCAUGAAUCAUCACCGGUCCAGUCUUCGCGAACAGUUCCGUCCUUCUAUAUCAAUGCAGAUGGAUCAAAGGCUCGGGUUCCUGCUUCACCAUCUGCUUCUCGUUCUGCGGCCAGGUCGCCGUCACCUUGCAGUCGCUCCGUCAAUCCAGCAUCCCCCUCCACCAAGGAGCCUGGACAUGGUUCCGCCUCCCGCUUCACAGCACCUCAGUCACCCUCUACUUCUUGCACCUCUGUUACUAUGCCUCCCCCAGCAAUUUCCCAAGCCUCAGCCUCUCAUGGCCGCUCAUAUCGCUCAAAGUCCGCUGCUAGAUCCGCUGCUGAAGCGACAUCGUGCUCCUCGGGCGUGUCAAUCAAAUCUUCUCCCAAGCGGGAGUCGAGCACCGCAACAUCUUCAUGGUCUGGCCGGCGCAUGUACAGCGCUGCGAAGAAGCAAUCAAUAGCACCUGCUAUGUCAGCUGAGUCUGCAGCAGCCAUCAGGAUUCAGACUAUGUAUCGUGGUUAUCUGGCUCGUAAGGCUCUUCGUGCAUUGAAGGGGCUGGUUCGCCUUCAGGCUUUGGUGAGAGGCCAUAUUGCAAGGAAGCAGGCAAAGGCCACUCUUCGCUGCAUGCACGCGAUCGUUCGCGUCCAGGCUCGAUUCCGUGCCCGUCGGGUCCGCAUGUCCAGGGAGGGGCAACUUGUUCAGCGGCAGCUGGAGAAGAUUUCCCGCAAGUACCACCCUGAAGUGGUCCUCAAACGCAACGAGGUUGGCUGGUGCGAUGCUUCUGGCACGGUAGAGGAGAUUCAAGCAAAGCUUCAGAGCAAGCAGGAGGCCAUCCUUCGUAGAGAGCGUGCUUUAGCAUAUGCUGAUUCUCGCUCGCUCUGGAAGAAGGAGAAGCCUACACAGCAACGCUCCAUGGCAUACAUCGACUGCGAGCCCGACAAGGGAGGUUGGGGGUGGAGCUGGCUGGAGCGCUGGAUGGUCGCGAGGCCGUGGGAGAACCGUCUCAUGAUGGCGCACUAUCAGGCUGUUAACCCCAAAGCCAAGCGCCAGGGCGCACUCCGUCUGUUUGAGGCUCAGGCAGUGGAGUCGAAGCCCCACCGCACUGUGGAGCUGGUGGACAUGGGCAAGUGCAAGAGCUGCGGCCGCCGUGUCCUUGUCAAGCCCUCUGUGGCACAGGCAGCCAACGCCGCAGCUGCUGCGCAGGCGUCCGCUAAUGGAACUGCGCCCUCGAAGGCCAUCCCGCACACCUGCAACAUCUGUGCUCCCACGGUUUCCUGGGCUGCUAAGGUCGGAGCUCUUCCACCGCGUGACCCUCCCCCCGUCGUGAUCACGACCACGGGCACCAACCGUGGGGCAGCAGGUGCGAUGUCACGGCUGUCCCUUGGCGCUUCGCAUGAGCCUCAACCCCUUGCAGACGCUGUGAUCGGGUCCAGAUCUCUGAGCCGAUCCGCCAACCGUUCAGCUUCCAACACAGGGCCCCAUGCACCUCUCUCGCCAUCAGCAUCGUUCAAACGUGCCAGUGCAUCGCCACGUGUUGUUCCUCACUUUAUGGAGACCACUGAGUCCACGCGCGCUAGGGCGAGAGCUAACAGUACACCUCGAGGGCGCCAAUCUGAUGGAGCCAUUGCGACAAUGGUUUCGUCGCGAAUUCCGCUGUCAUUGUUGAUCGCCGUCGUCGCGCUACUGAGCAUGCCUCUCGUCAGUCGCGGUAUAAGCAAGGCAGACAUGCUGCAGGAGCUGGUGGUCUACAGCGAGGACGACGCCUUCACAUUCACGGAGCUCGCAGCGCAGCAGGCGGCCAACGACGAGGAGAUUAAAGCCGCCGCCAUCGCGAACGCGUUUCACCAUCUGCACGGUUCGGAGGACUUCAGCGGCGCGGAGGACGACGAUUACGUUUCCGUUUCCGCGACGCGCGAGUCGGAAUCCAAGACAAUGGAAGUCACUGCAGCGCCAACCAUUCUGGACGCCGUGUCGCAAACCUUGUCGAAGCGGUUGAGAGGAUUUUUCGGCUGA